AUGAUGGUCGUGGACGCUGCAUUCUUAUGGUCCUGGUACAGAAGGGCUUGUUCAUGCAGUCCAUGUUCCUGGCGCUCCUCGAAGUUCAGCGCCGGUAGGGCCAAUGUCAAGCAAGUCGUCGGAAAUGCAAGUGCUUAUUACUAUGGAUGGAGUCUAGAUCCAUCAAAAGUCCUGGCUCCCUUUCAACCUGCUGGACUGCUGCUGCUGCUCCUCUUCUGGACCUACACAGACAGGAACAGGAUGUCGAGAGACAUUAUCGUGACCGAGAACAAUUCACGGGGCGCAGGCAUGGCAACACAGAAUGGUGACAUCGAUACGGCCGCGAACCUGCAAAUGCGCCUUGCCAGGCUUACUCUGGAGGCUCAACCUGUUCGGGCGGAGGAAGCAUCAAGAACCGCCGAAAGAUUGCUGUCAGGCCAGGAGUUUGCGAGUUAUCGUCUGCUGUUGGGCGACUUUCAACGGCAGCAUGAGUUGGAGGCAGCGGAGCGAAGUCAGAGGCGAUCGUGA